AAGCAGAGCAGGGUGUGUCACUUAAUAAUAAGUACAUAAUAAGGAAAGUUGCACAGGACUUGAAUUCAGCCAAGUCUGAGAAUCUACAUGUGUUUGGUUUUCAGGGCAUUAAUUAUGUCAACAUCACUGAGCAGCAGGAUUAACAUAUCCUAACCACACAGAAUAAAUCACCAUGGUAAAUUAUGCGCCACUGCAACCGACUUGAGGCUAAAUUCAGCCAGGAUGGCUGACUUAGCACAGGUUAAUCUCUAUAGUUUGGUGCAACUGCAGAAGUCUGGUGUAAAGUCACUAGUCACUUGUGUGUGUGUGUGUGUGUGUGUGUGUGUGUCGCAUCUAAAACUAGUCACCACAGUUUCACUCAGCCGUGCAGUGAUGACUCCGCCCACGUUAAGUAGGUAAUUUUUGGUAGUGAAGAUGCAACCUAAUUGUGCCGUGCCGAGGCGAGGAAAGUAGAGCUGGAGGAAAUGCGGCAAUAGUCUCCAAAGUCCUCUCCUGUGUGAACAUUCAAAUCAACACAUCUACAUGUGUUUGAUAAAAGUUAGCAGAAGUUAAUUUUUCACUCACUGUUAUUUUCUGUUUGAACAUUGAAAUGUUUUUAGGGCAUGAAUUGUGUCAACAUCAGUAAUCUAAUGAAAUGUCUCUGACUAGAAUUAAAGUCCAUGUUUCUUGUUGUGACGGAGCUAAACCGAGACAUAUACCAGUUGUAGAGUGGUGUGAGGAUCUGUGAGUCCUGAACCAUGCGUCCUGUUGUGGUUACUGCUGUCCUUCUUCUGCUGGUCCGGAUGUUCAUGAACGUUUCUGAAGCUGGUCAUUCUGGAGGGAACCGACUGAACAUUGAAUACUGUUUGAAGAAAUUGCAAACCAAGGAAACAUUUGACGAUGCAGAGAUGAUCUGCCAGAAGGAAGGUGGGCAUUUGAUAUCAUUUAGAGACGAGACAGCCCUCAGCAGUUUAACAUGUCCUUUCCUGUUUAAUCACUGGGUUGGAGCCAGAAGACAAGUGAACAGUGAAGGUGUCAAAGGUGAAUUUCAGUGGAUUGAUGGAAGUGGAACAUUUAAUUUAUCCUACACUGAUAACCAAGAAGACUGUAUGGAGAGGGCUGGCUGGAAUAUCCUACGGACCAUACCAUGUUCAGAAAAAAGGCUAUUUCUGUGUCAAAAAGCAGGGUGAUGGUCAUUGGAACGUCUGCUUUAACCCUUUUACUACCACGGGGGACACCAGUGACACCACGACGCGUGUGUAUUUCAAAGGUCAUUUUUUUGACACAAUUAUUGACAAAAUAGAAUAGAAAAAAUACCAUGCGUUUUAAUAAAUAUAUCUAUUAUUAUAGUGCUAAAAGGGUUAAUGUAACCCCCACAAACACAAGCUUCCAUAUUUACUGCAAUAAAUGUUUAUCAUCAGCAAACAUUGUGCUU